AAUUUCAUGAUUGAUAAAUGCAGAGAUAUUCUCAUGAGAUCAAAUUGCAUCUGCUAAUUUGUAAGCUUCUACCGUAUGCUGCUUUGCAUUAUUGAAGUACUGCUGUAUUUGUUUUUUGCAGAGGAUGGUCGAUGAAGAGAAAUUGCAAUUUCACGAGGAAUACAUGAACGAGAAGGAUCCUAGUAUUCUACACUUUUUAUUGGCAUCGGGAGAUGAUGUUUCUAGCAAGCAGCUCCGUGAUGAUUUGAUGACAAUGCUAAUAGCUGGACAUGAAACAUCUGCUGCAGUGCUUACAUGGACAUUUUAUCUUCUUUCCAAGGAACCUAAGGUUGUGGCCAAGCUCCAAGAAGAGGUUGAUUCUGUUUUGGGGGAUCGCUUUCCAACUAUUGAAGACAUGACAAAGUUGAAGUACACCACUCGUGUUAUUAAUGAAUCUUUGAGACUAUAUCCACAGCCGCCUGUGCUGAUUAGGCGUUCUAUUGAGGCUGAUCAACUUGGGAAAUAUCCUAUCAAACGAGGUGAAGAUAUAUUUAUUUCCGUAUGGAACAUCCAUCGUUCUCCGAUGCAUUGGGUGGAUGCUGAAAGUUUCAAUCCUGAAAGAUGGCCUAUUGAUGGGCCAAAUCCAAAUGAAGUGAAUCAGAAUUUUAGCUACCUGCCAUUUGGUGGAGGGCCAAGGAAAUGCGUUGGAGAUAUGUUUGCAACAUUUGAGACCGUGGUGGCGACAGCGAUGCUGGUAAGACGAUUCAACUUUGAAAUGGCACCAGGAGCACCUUCGGUUGAAAUGACAACUGGUGCAACCAUCCACACUACUGAGGGCUUAAAAAUGACAGUCACUCGCAGAUUUAGGCCUCCUAUUAUUCCAUCCCUGGAAAAGAAGGUGAUACAAAUAAAUGGUGAGCAACCGCUGGACUCUUCUCUUGAAGGUGACCACAAAGAUGAAAUGAUAUCUGCUUAAACCUGAUAAACAAAUCUUAUAAAAGCUGAAGAUUUUCAGAUGCUUUUGAAAUAGCUUACAGAAAAGGAAGAAUAAUUCCCAAGUUUGGGCAUUUCUUUUUCUCAUUGUUGAUGUCUGUUUAUAAGCAAUUUAGACUACUUUAGAGCUGUUAAAAUUGCAACAUGUCAAUGUAAUUAUUAAGGAGAAAUUUUAUCUUUAUAUUCUAUACAAAAUUGUGCUUUAAUUUAUGAGUAA